GUUUCAACUUUCAACACACAUUAUUAACAAGGUGUUGCCUAUUGCGUUCGCGACUGCGAGUUUCGGAGCAGCUGAGUCUUUCCGACCCGAUGAUCCUCGGCAGCUCGUCGGCAGUGACAAAGACCAUAGCGACGGCAGUUGACGACAGCUCCUAUGACCAGCCUCUAGACUCAAGUUGCCGCCGCCGCCUCCGCCGCCGCCGGGGACUCAGGGGCUCGCGCAAGCUCUCUCCCCCUGGAACUACUUCCACCGAAGACUACUGAGAGACAAUCGGAUUUCCAGGCACCAUUGCACUCUCUUUCUUUCUCUCGCGUACAGUCAUACUCGCUGCUUACUCACUUCCAAGUAGCAUAGCUGUACGUGCGAUACGUACACACACACACACACACAGACAACGCACUCGUCGCAGCUCCUUUGUGCAAUUCUGACGACUACUGUGCGGACUUCUCUCUCACUCUGCCUAUACACAUAUAUAGGUACUGGGAUGUCUUGCCUAUAGAGGCCAUCCUUAGUCUCUAGUGGCUACAGGUCGACCGGCUCCGAACUGAUAGACGUCUCUCUUGUUGUGUCUGGAUCCUGUGUCUGACUCACCUCCCGAUAAUCCAACGGAAAAUUGCCAACGACAGCAUCAAAACAAACUCCGAAAUCUCUCUCUGGACGACUUGGCAGGAGGUGUCCCUUUAAAUGCCAGACAAGCCUCCAGUUUUAUUCUGAGCAAUAUUUGGGAGCUCCUGGAUUCUUCGCAAAGCAACACUCCAAGAUGGCGCACAGUUCUCAUACGUACGGCUCUACGGACCAGAGGACCGAUGUACCUGAUGUGGGCUUCAGUCCUACCGAACUUUAUAGUCUGAGCGAGAAUAUAACGACAAACAUUUACACAAUCAAUAAUAGUUAUAUAACUCUGGAGCGUGCCCUCAAGCAAAUUGGAACCAACAAGGAUAGUCAAGGUCUCAGGGAUAAAGUACAUGUAACACAAUUAAGCACAAAUCAAGUGGUGACGCAAACAAGCAAAGACAUUACAAGAUUAACCAUCUUGAUGAGACGUGGUGAUAAGCAACAAAAGUUACAAAUUGAGAAACUGACUAGUGAUUUUAAGGAUGCAUUGCAAAAAUAUUAUGACACACAGAGAUCCAUUGCUGAUAAAAUGAAGAAGUAUAUAUUGGUCAUAGGCAGUGUAGAGACUCAUGGUGAGGGUGACGAUGAUAAGCAAACUCUGAUUCAAAUUCAAGAAGAUGCUAGACGAAAAGCUGAACAAAGGAAUCUAGAGUUUGAUCACGGUUUAAUUUUGGAGCAAGAAGAAAGGAUAAAACGAAUCGAGGGUGACAUCAUAGAUGUCAAUCAAGUCAUGCGUGAAUUAGGAGGUCUUGUGCAUCAACAAGCAGAUUCAAUUAAUAGUAUUGAAAAUAACAUAGAAAAUGUACAUGGACUGGUCGAAGGAGGAGCACAAGAAUUGAUAAAGGCUAGUAAUUAUCAAAAUAAAUUUCGGCGGAAAGUCUGUAUUCUUUUAAUAAUAGCUACCGCGUUUGUGAUCAUUUUAAUACUAAUAAUAGUCUUAUCUAAUAAAUCAAGUUAGCCCUUUUGAAUAAUCUAUAUAUAUGUAGAUAUAGAAAGUCGAAUUUGGUUGUCUCAAUCUACUAUAUUGCGUGGACUCAAAAAUCAACCGCCUUGUCCAUUUUAAUGAAAUAAUUUUUUUUUCUUUUUUGUACUUUGAAUUGCACGAUGCGGAAAAAAGGGAGCUCGAGAACGUAAUAUUUCAAAUUGUAUAAAAAAACUUUCUACAUUUGUGCUGCAACAGUACGAAACCGAGAUGGUUGUGUGAAGAAGAAUGAUAGAAAAGGUGCUUCUUAGUCUAUUUAAUGUAUUUGUAAAUUAGAUAGGUGUGUUAUAUUUAAUAAUUAAAUUUCAACAAAAACAAUUGUAAAAACUCGGUCGGUCGUUUGUAAAAUUAUCAAGUCACCAAACUUAACUUUCAUUACUUUUAUUCGGUUAUUCAACUUUAUUUAAAUAAGGCUAUAUAGUUGAACAUGAAAUUUAAAUAGUAGGUAUUUUGCAGUAUUUUUUACAAGCUUUGCUUGAAUUUAAUUCCAUUAUUAGUCGUAACGAACUAAAUAAUGGCAGAUUUCUUUGUUGAUUUAUGGUGGCUGUUUGCUUUUCACUUUAUAGAAAUUGGUCAUUUUAAACAUCGAGUCAUUACCAAUAUUUCAUAUGAACAAGUUCAAACAGUGUCUAUACAUACAACCUUUCUUCAGAAAAGAUAAUUUGCCCUUUUUAUCGGAAUAUUCAAUGAUUUUUAAAUUUUUAUACCAAUCACUUAAUACAUUAAAUUAAUAAUUAUACAAACGAAUUGCUUCUAUUCCGAGAGAAUUGAAUAAUCAGAACACUUUGGUAAUUGAAAUAUGCAAAUUAGUUGAGUGUUAAGUCUAAUAUUUACUAUUUUACGGAAGCUACAUUUGUUCAGUCAUAAUUUUGUUAUAGACAGAAAUUGAUAGCCGUUCUGAGAAUAGUAUAGCUAUGAAAUUUGUCGUCGGUCAUUAAUCCAUGAAGCAAUGAGAUUCUUAAUGGCUAUCAAUACUGUGAUAAAAUUUUAAUAAAAUGCCUCUAUUAUUUGUAUAUUAAUAAAAUUAAAGUAAGUUAUGCUGUGUUAGCUAUAUAUAUUGUGAAUUGAAGACAUCAUUUAUACAAAGAGAACGGUUAAAAGUACAGGUCGUUUCAUUUUUUAACAUUCUUACUUAAGAUCCAAAAAAAUAUGUAAACAAAAGCUUUAUAUCGUUUGAAAAAGCGUUAGAACGUCUACAUAAUCAUGUAUAUCGCCAACAAAUGCGAUUAUUACAAAGGACUAUAAAGAAUGUUCACAAGUUGUGCUGUGAUCAAUCACUAUUUUAAGAAAAUAUAUUUCAUGCUAAUUAGUUUGUCACGUUGAAUAUUUUGCCAAUGGCAAGAAAAUUAUAUUCCAUGAUUGAGACAGCCAGUUUUCUAUUAAAAAAAAGGCCCAAUCAGAUCUUAAACAUUAUAAAUAUUAAGGAUUCCAGAUUCCAAGAAGUCCAUUACUAUGCACUAUUAUUAUUACUAUAAAUAUUACAAAAAAAUUGGAGAAAAAAUUGUAUAUACAACUGGUUGAUAUCGUUCCGAAUAAUAAAUGACAUUAAAUAAUGAAUAAUGAUAUAAUCAUGAAACAAUUAUUAUUAUAUACUUUAAAUGUCUAUGUAUAUUUGUACAAAUAGAUCGUAAAAAAUCUUAUAACAAAAAGAAAGCUUGGAUUUGAAUAGCUAAAAACAGUUUUCUUUGUCCGUGCAAAGCUAUGGCAAGAGAAAAUUUACGAUACACGACAAAAUUGAAACUUCACUCGAAAGAAAAGCUUGAAUUACAUAUUAUUAUCAUUUAAGUGAUAAGAUGUUUGUAAUACUCGAUGGUCAAAGAAAUCAAAUAUAACAAAUAUUCUUUUGUACACUAAAACAAUCGUACAAUAAAAGUAACUAUCAGAAACUGGAUUAAAAAA